UGACUGAACUUUUACAUAUAAAUGAAAUUAAUUUAAUGAUAAAAACAAUACUUCAAGUUUACUUGAUAUUAUUGAAAUUAUAUUUUCAUUACUGUUGCUGUUAUAAUAAUCAUUAAAAAUGUGUUUCUAUUUUUCUUUUGGAAUUUUACUAUGUUUUAUUUGUUUAAUUACAGUACCAAAGUUUUCAUUCGGAUUGCCCUGCUCAGACGAGGAAACUAAUAUCAAUGAUAUUGAUCCUAUAUCUAGUGAAGUCAAUAACAAUGAUCCAAUACAAGAUAAGUAUCCCAUAUCAACUUAUUUUUCAAACAUUAUGUCAGGUUACUUAUGGAAAUUGGUUAAUGAUGAUGAAAAUGGAUAUGAAGAUGAUAUGAAUAAAUUUUAUGAUGAUGUUAGGGAUUCAAAAAAAUAUAAUAAAAAAUUACGAACAAUAUUGUUGAGGUUAAUAACGAAUAUGAAUAAUGAUAAUAAAAAGGAGUUAAUUAAAGAAUAUAUUAGUUAUAUACUCAAACAUAUGCAAAAUGACGAAGCAGAUUUAAAAAAAAAACUACGUCAAAUCUCUAUAAAGAGUAAUGGUACCGUUAAAAUAGAUUAUGUAAAACGAAUUAUGGAAAAUCCAUUAUUUAAAGAUCGUUCUAAUUAUAAAAUUAUCUGUGAAUUAGUAAUCAAAAAAAAUGUAGAGGAUCUGCUUGCAAACUUGAUAAAUAUUGAAGAUAAUGAAGACGAUGAAGAUGAUGAAGAGGAUGAAGAUGAUGCCGAUGAUGAAGACGAUGAACAUGAUGUGAAUAUUUCGACUCAGUAUUUCCGGAACAUUUUCAAAAAUUAAGUUGAAAAAGAUCUAUGUUUUUUACAAUAUUUCAAGUUUUGGAAUAUAAGGGGAAAUUGUCCAAUUUUAAUAAAAAGACGCAGUAUUUCCGGUACAUUUUCAAAAAAUAAGUUGAAAAAGUUAUUUUUUGUAAAACAGUUGCCAUUUUAAAUACCCUCCAAUGAACAGGUUAAGUGAUAGAUUUUCAAAAAACUGAUGUCAAAUGAAAGGUAGAUAUCUAAGGUUUUAGUAUAAAAAAAAAUUAUGUUGAU